CAGCGGCAGCUGUCAUCACUAGCGUAGAAAACACCGACGAGACGCGAGUGAAACAUAUUUUUGAGUAAACAAUUUCUCGUAAAAACUCAAGCCAACACCAACAAAGUUAUCAAUAACAAAAGCAACAGUAAUAAAGUUUAUGAAAUAAAGUUAACAUUAACAAAAAACUAAAUCAGAAAAGCUAUAAAAUAAGUGUCAAAUUUCAUUGAUAAAACUCAUUUCGUUGUGGCUUUUUAUCGUCUUUGUAAAGAAACAUGUAGAAAAAAUUGGGAAAAUUGCUAGAGUGAGAUAGAAAUAGAUGGACGUUAAGCCAACACACCGGUGUGGAGUGUGUGAUUGUGAAAGAGAUGCCAAUAUAGACGUGUGAAGGACGUGUUUUGUGUCGUUUUUGUUUUAUUUCUGGUUCGUCUGCUGUGUUUAUUUUAUUUGCUUUCAAAGAAGAAACAAGAAGUUUCUUCCUUGGUUGAAAUUGUGGAUGGCGCGUUAAAAGUAAAUGACAAAGAAACAAGUUAACAUAAAUGUAACUACAAAAACAAAAAAAUAAAUAAAAACAAUUUUGUUAUGAAAGAAGACUGUGUUAACUUAAAGUAAGGCGCAUAGAUAUACUAUGCAAAAAUAAUAAACAACGUAAAAAAGAAGUUGAAAGAUAUCAAAAACAACACAAAUAUUUGCCAAAUUAAAAAUAAAUUGUGUUUGUAUUUUGUGCACGCAAUAUUAUUGCCAGUGCUAAUAAGGAGAUAAAAAGUGAUUAAAAAACAUUUAUCUGGAGCAAUAGUUGAUUUAAAGGCUUCAAACUGGAUAACAUUAUGGGCAGCUCAGAUGAUCGCGUUUACGCUGCGGAGCGUAUUAUACAAAAACGCAUUAGAAAGGGCGUUGUGGAAUAUCGUGUAAAAUGGAAAGGUUGGAAUCAACGCUACAACACAUGGGAACCCGAGGUAAAUAUACUUGAUCGCAGGCUCAUUGAAAUCUAUGAACAGGGCAACAAGUCGUCAAAUACACCCUCCAAACGGGGUCCCAAAAAGAAGGAAAAAGAACGUGACCCUGAACCAGAAUCUGAAGAGGAUGAAUACACGUUCAAUGAUGAUGAUGGUCACAGCAACAGUCAUGUGGGAGCAUCAUCAACGGGCCCGGCAAACUCCUCAGUGUCACAAUCGAUAUCGGCCAGUUCAGCUUCACCAUCAACAUCUGCCUCAAAUGAUGCCACUCAACAGCAGCAACAUCAUCGCCAUCACCAUCACGAAAAGGACAAGGAAAAAGAUAAAGAGAAAAAACAUCAUCAUCAUCACCACCAUCAUCACCACAAGGCGGAACGUUCUAAUAGCCGGCGGUCAGAAUCACCUCAUACCCAUGCGGAAAAUAAACGACAGAAAUCCGUUGAACAUGCCGUUACAAAUAGCACAAAUUCCUCCUUGGCCUUUAUACCAGAAGCUGAUUCCAACUCGUCCAGCUCAGAGGACCAGCCAUUAAGCCGAAAAGAAGUUGCGGGCACAAAGCGUAAGGCUGAAGUAUUAAAAGAGUCGGGUAAAAUUGGUGUUACAAUUAAAACUUCGCCAGAUGGUCCACCCCCUGCCAAGAUCCAUUGCUCAGUUGAUACCGCAACACCGAUUUCCACACCAUUGAAGGCAGAAACUGAACCCCUCUCACCGGAAACACCAGCCUCAAGGCCUGAACAGGCAACCCCCUCAGAAAAACCUCAGCAGUAUAAUGGACAUCAACAACAGCAGCAGCAUCAUCACCAGCAGCAAGAUGAUGAUGACGAUGAAUCCUCAUCACAGGCUGACAGUCAACAUGAAGCGGAAAACAAUCAUCUGCCUUUGAUUAACAACAACAUUAAUUCCAACAACCAUAAUCAUCAGCAGCAACAGCAAAACCACCAGCACCAACAUCGUCAGCAACAAUUAGAUGCAAUUUUUGAAAACUCCCCUCCCAAACAAAAGUCAACCCCACUAACACCAUUGUCGCCGCCAGCGUUACCACCACGCUUUUGGCUACCCAGCAAAUGUAACAUUUCCAAUAAAGUUGUUAUCACCGAUGUGACAGUGAAUUAUGAGACGGUCACCAUAAGAGAAUGUAAAACUGAGAGAGGCUUUUUUCGUGAAAGAGAUAUGAAAUCAAGUGAUUCGGUAGCCUAAUUGAAUACCCUCACCUCCCUCCCCCUCGGAACCCAGAGCCAAAUAAAACAGCGCUAGAUGAAGAUUGAAAUGAAAUUCACCAAGUAAAGGGAUAAAGAAAACUUCCUAUGAGGCACUCCAUGAGACUAAAAAAACGUAACUGAAUGUAAAGCAGGACUUUAAGUCAAGAUUUGCUACAAACAUAUAUCUACAUAUAUUUUUAUAUACAAAAACAAACAAACAAAGAAACCCAUACGAAAGAAUGCUAAAAGGAACACACUAUUUAUUUUUCUAUAAGCAAAUUUUGACCCGAAAAGGGAGACAUUUAAUGGCGUUUUUCCCGAGAGUAAUACACAACAAGCUAAAAGAAAAGAAGAAAAACAUAAAACAAUAUAAUGUAGUAUUUGUUGCUUACUUAGAUUGUAUAUAAAUAUUAAAAAGAAAAAAUGGAAAACAUAAAUAAUGUAGUAGUAUCUAUAUUAUGACGGAAUUAUUUACAAAUUAAAUAUUUAUGCAAAGAGAAUACAUUUAAACACAAUAAUAUAGAAUGAGAAAUUUACGUACGCGUGGUAUAUAUUAUUGUCAUGAUAUAUUUUCUUUUGGAUUGUAGUGCUUGAUGAGAUAUUCAAUACUAAAAGAAAACACUCAAUACAAAUUUGUAGAAUAUUUUUUAAAAAUGAUAGAAUACCUUGUGCAAAAGAAAUUGUAGAAUUUCUGUUCCUCAAAAUCAAUUUUUUCUCGACAACAUCAAAGAAAAGAUUGCUGGACGAUCAGGAGGUUUAUCAGGCCGAAGGUCGGCUGAUUUAAUGGUAGCUGAUGAAAAAUAUAUCUUGGAUACAUUUUAUUAGUCAUUCUUACAUGGUAGCCUUUAUUUCUUACUUGGGUAUCUAAGAGAGUAGUCGCUUUUAAUGUGAAAACCUUCACAAAGGAAUAAAGUCUCGGAUUUAUCUACUUCCGACAGUCACAAAUUCAAAGUAUCGCAAUUUUUCAACUCAGCCAUUAAACGUUGACCCAACAAAUGUCUCAUUUUCCGAGUUUAGCACAGUAUUAAUUUGGUCUAAAAGUUACAACUAGAAGGUUACCAUGAGUACUUUUAGAAAUAACCUUUCUGAUUUGUUACACCAAAUCUUUAAGUACUAUUUGACGUUGUUGAAAAAAAAAUGAUUUUUCAAACAUUCAAACUGAAGCCAUUUAACUUAGAAACUUAAUUUUAUGCCAAAUGGAACAAAAUUUCCAUAUUUUAAUUGAAGAAAAAAUCGGAUUAUUCCGGGAAGAUAUGGGAACAAUUCGUGAAAUUUUUCCUUGUUUUUUUUUCUAUAAAAUUUUCUGAAUCUCCAAUGAGAUUCACUCACAAAAGUUCCAAAAUUUUGAAAUCAAACGGAACUAUGCAUAAUUUAAGGACUUGUUUUUCUAUGAGGAUAUGAAUUUAAUUGCAGAAGAAAAACACCAUUCCACAUGAGUUUUGAUGGAAUUUUCUAUUUUUGGCAGCCAAAUUUAAAUGUAAUUAAGACCAAUUUCCACAUUCAAUACCGAAAACAUUUUAAUCGAAAUGAAUUUGGGAAUUUUGAGCUGAGGAAAAUUUAAUUUUUUGUUAAAGGAACUGGGGGUUAAUCCAAACAUUUGAUAUUUGGUUGUUUCUACCGAAAUUUUCAAUUUAAUCGAGCUAACAUUUACAGUGUGAGAUAAAAAAACUGCAACAAAAUCAAAUGCCUAAAUUUUACAUUUUUUUUUUAAUUUUAUUGACUGAAAGCAAAAAAUGUCGGAAAUAACAUCAAAUUUUAGAAUAAAUUUAGAUUUGUUCGAAUUGGUCACCUUUGGCACGAAUUAUGGGCUUACGGCCAAUGAAACCGUCACACGCUGCCCGAAUGCUGCUCUGCGGUAUUUUGGUCCAUUCCCGGCGAAGCACUUGCUUGAGGUGAUCGACACUUUUGUAUUUUUUAGCUCCAAACUUGCUUUCCAGAAUACUCGAGACACAAUGGUCCAACGGAUUGGUAUUCCGGCAUUUAUUCUGAUGCCACGGUCGAUUAAUACGAUAAUUUUGUUUGUUUACUGGAAAUUUCUCACCAAAAUGCUUUUGUACGCUUGUAAACAAUAUAUUGAGCUGUCACUGGAAUAAUUUUAACAGCUGUCGGACGAGUGGCUCAGAAAUGACAGCAGUCUGAAAUUGGUUGCAAUUUUUUAUCUCAUCUUGUACAUAUUCGAAUUCCUUCCGGUUCGAAUUUUUUCGAUAUUGAAUACGAGAAUUUAGUUUCUUUUUUUCAAUCGUUCAACUUAACCGAAACGUAUUGCCUAUACAAUUACAACUUUUGUUCCAUUUGCCAUAGCAUGAAUCCUAUACAGCUUAGAGAUUUGCACAGGAAGUUGUUUACUUUAUUAUUUCAAAUAUUUAUUACAAAAUUUAUUUAAGAGAAAAAUAUUUAAUUUCGUAUAUUAUAAUAUAAAUUUCCCAAAACAACACUAUAUCUCAUUUAUAUGACAACUUGUAAAUAUAUUCAUUAAAAAGCUAAUACAUAAAAAUACGUAUCUCUUUUGAAUUUGUAUGGCAGCUAUGAGUUGCCAUAUUUAUUUAGACAUUCUUCGAUAAUUUCGUAAUAAUAUACAAACAAAUGAAAAACCCUAAAGAUAUUGAUUAGAAGCCCAUUUUUCUUAAUAAUACAACAAAAAGAAGAAAAAAAAAACGGCACAAAAAUCAUUUGUUUUUAAAUUGAACCAAAAAUUAUUUCUUAAAAUCAAUCUACAAAAAUAAAUACUUAAAUAAAAUACAAAAUUUAAAUUUAUUAUUAUUAAUAAUUUAGAUGCAGAGUGAAAAAUAAUUAUUUUAGCUACAUUUAUUCAUUGGAGAUUAUUUUAGUGCAUUCAUAGCAUGUCUACAAGAAACGCAAAUUACAUUUACAAAACCCCAAAAUUUGUAAAUUUUAUCUAUAUUUAAAACUAAGACAAGUAACAAAUGCCUUAUUUCAUGUUUUAACUAAUCUGCUGAUAAAUUUUUAAAUAUUUGUUUCUUAUAUUGUUUGCCUAGAGGCAGUAUAUAGAAUAUUGAACUUCUAAAAGCAUAACUGAAAAGAAUUAGAAACAGCCAAAAAACAAACUGUCACAAUAAUAAUAAAUAAAUGAAAUCCAUUUAAAACUUAAACAUAUGUAUGUAUAAAUGUAUGUAUAUGGCAUUGUUUAAAAGCAUAUGGAGUCUACCAAUAUAGGUAGAUUCGCGUAGAAAGUAUUGAAAUCGUUCAAAACAAAACAGUUGGCCAUUCAAAGCUUGAAACACGUAACAUUUAAUUUACAAGGGUUUUGAAAAUAUGGCAUUGUGAUGAUUAGCAUAAGGGCGUUGAAGGGAAGAAUACCCUUAGGACGAUUUAAUAAUUUUUCUUAUCAAUUUUACGAAUCGACGAAUCACAAUUUCAAAUCGGUCGCACAACGUUUGAUAAGCUUUUCAAAAAUUCACAUUUUAUUUUUUUCCGACCAUGUGAUAUCCUACAACACUACAAUAUAAGCCCCCUUAUGUCUAAAUCCAAAUUGGAACAUUUCGCUUUUGAAAUUAUGUCAAAGAGCCCUGUCCCGAUGUUAUCCUUAGCAUUUUGAUCAGGGAAAUUUGCCCAAUAUUUACGCACUCCGUCGUGCUGUAAGUUGUUGUGGUCCAUUUUACAGCUAAAUAUAAUCCAAUGGUCAUCCAAAAUGCUAGAAUACUUCCCUGUCCUUAACUCUCUUUCCAGGCGUGUCGAUUGGCUUCAAUUGUGUGAUCAGGAUUUUUUUUGUUUUUGGUUCAUCUACAAAAGCAAGAGGUCCCUCUGUAUCUCCAUAUUUAGACUCAUUUAUGUGAUUUGCUGUCUACGAUAUUUGGCAAUAUUCGUCAACGAAAUCAGCAUAAAAAGCCAGAAGUUUGCCUUUAUGUGUAUUUUGGAUAUCGCCUGUAAGUUCUUUUCGGCGUUUCGGUAGAAUGGAAAUGUUGGUAUUUUUUUCACACAAUUUUACCCGCUGUCCUAAACUUUGUUUCUGUUGUUGGUCUAAGUUGUUGGUCCAUUUCAACCUCUAAAUAUAUUGCGGACAUUUUUGAAAACAAUAGGCCUAUCCUUACCCUUGUGAAAAUUUUCGUGAUAAUUGGACGAAAAUUGUAAUCUGUAUAUAAUAACCUCAACCGGUGUUGUAAAGUGCCAAGAGGGCAUUCUGAAUUGACAAAAUUUUUCAAAAUCAGUCCAGCCAUUCUAAUAUUUGCUCUGUUCCAGAACCUGCAAUAAUCUACUAGUUUUGAAAAUUUUUCGAUAUCACAAAGGACAAAUCGGUUGUAGUAGUAAGAACAUUCUUGUCAGACCAAUUGUCAUUGGUGCAAAUGUAUUUUCAAUAAAUUUAGUGUAAUUGAGUCUUGGAGAAUAUGAACCCUCCCUUCGGACAAUUUUUUUGGUUUAGGCUUUGGCGUUUAAGUGUUAGUCUCUAAUUCUUGGUAUUAUAAAGGUCCCAGUCUCAUUUUUUUCCAAAUGAAUUACAAAUGAUCUGUUCCAGUACCUGUAAGAAUCUACUAUUUUUGCAAUUUUCUUCGAUAUCAUAGAGGGAAAAUCGGUUAUCGUAGUAUGAACUUUUACAUUCUCGCAGUUCUGGAACAGACCAAAUUUUGUUUUUUAGGCUCGUAAGGGGAAAAAUAAUUUUAGAACUUUAAAUUCUUUGGGCAAACCGAAUUUGCAAUAAUUUGAAAUUUCGAAAUUUCAAUUUUGGUGGGUAGAUAUACUUUUGGAGGUAGGGAUCAUUUUAGCACCAGUUUUGCAAAAUUUGGCAUUAGUGAAUGGAUGUUCUAUUAAUAGUAGACCUAUGAAUGUUUUUUUUUCAUAUAGAAUUCUAAUAACCCAAUCACUGCGACGGCUCCAAACGGUACUAUUUUUAGCCAUAUCUACUAAUAAUCUGCAGGCCAAAAUUGGUGGGUGUGUAAUGGUUAAUUAAAAUCGAAAAUAAAUUUUUACCGUAGUAUGGAAGUUGUAUUCAUUUUUGAUUUUUACUCUGUAAUCGGUCAUGUGGAACACCAUAAAGUAUAUAUUGUUAAUCGAAACAAAAUUCUAAGACGAUCUCGCAUUGACCGUCUGUUGUAAUGAGUUUCCGUAGGAAAUGAGGUAUGGAAAUUUUUUUCAAGGUACCUUCCAAUAUUAGUUUUUUUGACUACUUAGGAAAGAUUUUCAACGGAGUUAUUUGAAAAUUGUUAUCUGCAAUUCGUAAUGAGUGCCUUCUUUUUCAUUUUCGUACACCUCCAAUACAACAGCGCUCCCGACAUUUGGUAUUUUGCAAAUUUUUUGCUACCUAUUCCAACGAAAUUGUGUGGCAGUAGGUAUCAUUACGCCUGGUAGAAAAUUGUCCAUAUAGUUCAAUGUUUUGCUGUAUCGCUCCCGAUUUUAGUUGUUUUUUCCGAACAAAUUACAAUGAAAUUGAAAAUUUGGUAUUUAAAGUUCAUAGUGGGUUCCAACAUCUCUGAAAACUUUUCAAAUGUCCAUGCUAUUAUGGAAUAUUAGAUAUUUGGAUGUCAUAACGCUAUUUUUAAGUGAAAUUAUUUGAAUUUUAAUAUUUGAUGUUCAUGAUGAGCGUACAAGCGUAUUGACAUUUAGGAUUGUUAUUAAGCAAGAGGUUAUGUUGCUGUAAUUUAAAUCGAAUCGAGGGGGAAAGUAUUUGAUGAUCCCCUUAAAAUAGUUAGGUUAAUGAAAAACAUUUCUAAAGUAAAAAUUUAUUCUUUCGUUGCUAAUAUUCAAUAAUCUCAAUAACAAUCAACUUAAAAGAAAAUUCUAUUUUUUAGAAUGUCCAUUGCAAAUUUUAUUGUACAGACCAACGUUUUCUUCGUAGAAACCAAAUAUUUCUAACCCUCAUUGAAAGCCUCAAUUUUCUUUAAAAAGACUGGUUGUUUGUUUUCUGAAAUAGCAAUUUGAAGUCUUGAAUUGUCUAACAGGGCUUUUCUUGAUGAUUUAAAAUUCAUGUUUACCUUAAGAAAUAGAAAUCCUUCAGGCUUAGGUUUUGUUUUGUAAUUUGCGUUUUAUGUAGUUUUGAUUUUGAAAACCAAAAGCUUAAUCAAUGCUUUUUUUUAGAACACAACAAUAAUUAAUUAAACCUAUGCUAAAGCAAUAUAUUAAGGUGUCUUAUUUAAACUGAAAAAUCAUAAAUGUUCUAAUUUAAAACAAAAGGACAAAUCAUUUUCAAAGAGUUUUAAGAAGCACCUUAGCAUAUAAUAAAUGAUAUAAAAAAAAACUAAAAAAACAAUCUUGUAUCAAAACAAGAAAUGAGCUACAAUUGUUGAUUUAAAAAAUAACACACAUUACACAAAGCUCUAUAUACACCAAAUAAAUAAUUAUAAAUAAAAACAUUAAUUGUUAAUACUCUAAAUUUUAACGUGAAUAUUCUUACGAUAUUCACUAGUGGGAUUCUCUAAUUAAUUUUUUAAUUACCGACAAAAAUCGUCAAAAAUCCAAGUUUUGUGUUUCAAAGUUACCGAUUUUUGUCGGUAACUGAAAAAAAUUAGUUGGAGAAUCCCACUAUCGAGAGAAAUCCACUACAGGUA